AUGGUUAUGAAAUUCCUCCUGGGCCACGACCCGCUCGAGGACUGCUUCCGCGAGCGGACGCUUGCCAAGGACCUCGACGGCAAGACAAUCACCAUCAUGCUGCUUGUCAUAGCAUUUACAAGCUUUGCGAUAACCCGUUCUUUGCUCUAUCACGAAUGUCAACUCAAAAAUGACAUGACCUUGUUUCCCGAAGCAUGGAGGCUGCGUGAGGAGCCCCUGUCCCGGGUCAUAAGCGCGGCGCCGGUGGCACGGGACUGGCUUGUGGCGCAGCUCCGGGAGAGCUUAGCUGUGAUGCCCAGCUGUCGAAGCUUGUCUCGCGCGCUAGCAGUUGAUGCGGCGGAGAUCCGACUCUUUCGAGCAGCACGGCCAACGUUCGUGAGGAUCAGCGCAUUGGCUGCCAAAGCCCUGCACGCGAACCUGUCCGUGGAAGUGACACAGUUGAAAGCCGCUCAGAAAAUCAAGAUGCUGGCAGAGGAGGUGCUGCGGCUGGGCAGGGCCGACCUUUCUGCGCUGCGUGCACGCGAGCCGGAGUUUGCCAAAGGGGACGACCCAGAGGCGCUGGACAAGGUCUUGGAGGAAGCCCAAAUGGUGUUGCAGCUGUCUCGGCCAUGCGGGAUAGCAGCCUUCCACAUAGAGUGUUUGAUUCGAAGCUUCAAGAAGUACCACCAGGCGUGCCAAUGGAGCGAGUACAUUCUGCAGUAUUAA